UAUGAACCACCCCUUCCUUCCCUCCUCCCUCCCUCCCUGAGCCCACAGGAAUUUGGGCACAUUUCUUUGCAUGGAUAGCACACACCUCCCUCCCAUCUUGGGAUAAAAAUAAGUGAGAAGCAACCAAUGAUCAGCUACCUUCCACUUGCAUGGAGCUUAAGCUGUGAAUGAAAAGCCACCUGAGAACACUGGGUUGGAUCUGAAGGAUUCACCUAGCAGACAUAAAAACAAUAUACAAGGCUUGAGCAGAGCAAUUACUGCAUACCAUUCUCCCUGUGAGAAAUCAAAGGGAUGUAUGAGCACAAGCAUGCAGUAUUUAAGAGACUGCAACAUCUUCUCUCAUCUCUGUGGGGUGAAAUACAGCGUGGAAAUACAGUCAAACCUAAAUCAACUUCCUAAUAACAAAUAGAAAUACACUUGGUUGAUCUGUGCACUAACUCAGUCAUUGUAGGGAAAGAUGUUUCCUUUAUUAAGGAACGAGCAUUGCUUAAGUUUAGCAUUGCUACUGAUACCAAAGGUACUCAUAGGAGCAUAGAGAAAAGGGUAGACCCUCAAAAAGAGCAAGUUAUAGGAAAAGAAUUCAAAUUUCAAGAAAAGUUUUUGGAACGUCAGAAAAAGAACCCUAAAAUGAAAAGUUUUUAUCACAACAAAGGGAGGGAGAAGGAAGGGAGCAGUGGGUGGUGGGGCAAGGGACUGAGACGGGACUUGCUUUGUCAUUAUGCUUUCAGUCAGAAAAUGAAUUUUUAAUGGCUCAUAUCCUGUUGGCAUGUGGAGGUGAAGAGAUUUUGCGUGGCCUCUCCGCUCCUGUUGGCAAUCUCACGUUUUCCUAUUGCAAAGGAGUAUUUUUGUUUGAGAAGGGAAUUUGAUGGGAGUGGGUGCUAAACCAUGGGGCAUUCUUCUCACCAAGACCUCAAAGAGAACUUCUGAUGAUGAAAAGAGGGAAAAACUAAUAGAGGAGGAUGCAAUGACAAAAUAUCCAAGUAGUUUGUGGUGAUGGAAGAAUCCGCUCCAACAGGGAAAUGCUUGAAAUGACAGUAGGCAGGGAGCAGCUGGAGAGCAGCAGGCAGCACAAGAGAGAGCACAUGGGAAACGGUGAGAGAUGGAGCAUGAAGAGGAACAACUGCAACUGAGUGAGAAGCAGAGAAGCCAAUGUCACCAAAGAUGUUGGUGUAGAGUUGUUGUUUUGGUUCGGCCCUUCUCUUUGGCUGCCGCACACAAGACAUGUCCAGGAGUGGUUAAGUUUAACAGUAUUGAGAGAGCUUAUAACUAGCUCUGCGGUUCUGCAGUGUCAUGUACCUCUUCCCAAAGCGGUGCCAUGUGAAAUGGAGAAAGGUUGAAGGGUUACUGCAGGGCAUCUGAGCAGCACAGGAGCUGUUUGCAGGCUUCCAUCACUUGGUGCUUGUCAGUAAUUUCUUUUUCUGUUUCUGAUUCUCCCGAAUCAGAAGGAAUAGAAUUACUGGAGGAAGCUGCAAGUGGUUUAUUAACCCUAGAUGCAAACUGCCAUGAAGUAAUAAAGCAUUUCUAUCACAAAAAAUGAAAAUAUUUAGUGAUAAAGAUAGCAUUAUUUUUUGUAGGUAAUAGAAGUAACAACAAUAUUGUAAAUCCUGCUUUAAUUAUAUUAUAUAAUAAUUAUAUUAUAUUAUAUAAUAAUUAGAAGUCACUUACAACUCCGUGACUGCAAGCAGUGCUAUAUGAGAGAAGAGAUUAGUGUCUUGCCUGUGCUACUUAUUUGACAGGACCAAAAAUAUCUGCUUAAAAUCACACAGUUUGAAUACAAGUUUCAGUCCUUUAAACUGAUGUAUAGAAGAUGACCCAUCCUACAUAGAUGCUAAUUUCAGAGCUCGUUGGUUUUAAUUACAGAAGCAAUGCACGUUCUGUUUGGCGGUUUGGUGGUUUUGUUGAUAUAUAUAUAUAUUUUAAUUAAAGCAACAACAACAGAAACCAACCCUAGAAUAUUAAUACCAGAUUCGGAGGCAUAUAUGAAUAUUUCAACAAGCACCUUCCAAAAGCAGCAAAUUCAAACCAAAAGGCUGAAACUGCCCUCAAGUUUUGCUAGCAGAGGGGAAGUUCUCCUAACAUCUCCCUGCUCGAGAACAAAUAGGAUUUUUUUUAAGCUCUGGAACCAUGUAACAUCAUCAGCGUCCCACGAAGGGAGGGAGAAAGUGAUUUUUUCUCGGGUGCGCAGCUGCCGGCGUUUGGAAAUGGCAGAGCAAUUGCAGCUGUCGGGCACUAGAGGGCUGCGCUGUGUGCUUGGAGCCCGCGGACACGCGUUGCCCCAACAAACACUCCCCAGUGAGUGCGGUUGGGUUUGAGCAGUGAUUCUCAUCAACUUUCGGUUAAUCGUUAGAGGGUUUUCUUAAAACAAAUAUCCCGUCUUAUCUCUGCGGCCCGGUGGUGUUGGUUUCUAAAGAAAAGAUUCCUGUAAAGAACCGUAAUUAGUCAUUUUCCCUCUGAAUCCAUUUACACCGUGAGAACCAACCCUGCUGUCUGGUCCCCUAGACAAGCACGCUGCUGCAACACGUGGAGGGAAAUCCUGUCCUUGUCACUGCGAGGGCAGACAGAUUGAGGAGUCUGCUACAAGAUGGCAUGAGCUAUUUUGCUGUGAUACGGCUUCCUGUAGCCUUGCUACUACUGAUACAGUCAUAGAAUCAUUAAGGUUGGAAAAGACCACUAAGAUCACCUAGCCCAACCCCAGCCCACCCCCACCAUGCCCACUGACCGCGUCCCUCCGUGCCACAUCUCCGUGGCUCUUGAACACUUCCAGGGACCCAAUGACUCCACCACUCCCUGGGCAGCCUGUGCCAGCCCCUCACCAACAUCAUUGUGUCAGGACGAAAUGCUACUGCAAAGAGCUGUGGUUAGAGCAGUGAUUUCUUUUGGUAGCCAAACUGGAAGCACUGUCUGGAGAAGAGUUAUUAUCGUGCUGCCUGGUUUUCUUGCUGUUCUGCAAUUGACAAUGCAUCAUUUAUCAUGCUCUGCAUUCCAAUUUUUCCUUGCAUGUUUUCCAGCUCAUCAUAACAUAAUUAUGUUUCUGUUUCUUCCAGUCAGGGGCCGAAACUUUCUUUUAGUAAGACAACAGCUGCACUGCACAACCUUGAUGAAUCCCCAUAAGGGGAAAAUGUGUCUGUGGUGCUUGUUUCUGCCUUGGCAACCCAAAUGUUCAAGCUCCUUUUUUUGUGACAAAUGUUGUUUAAGAAAGCACCCAACCCCGGUUCUUUCAUUGCAUUUCUCAACAUGAGGUUUUAUAUUGUAAUUUAGAUGUGAAAUAUUGAAUAUCCUGGCUGGCUUGUGAUUUUUAAGGCUUCUUUUGUAACAUUUCUUUUGAUAGUGAUUAUAGAUUUGUAAACACUGAGAUGGAAUUUUAGAGGGCCAUAAUUAUUGUUAUGGAAUGUUUUGAAUGAAAUUGAUUCUAUGCGUGAUAUCAGCACAACCUCCAAGGACGUGUUAUGCUCCUAAAAGGCAUCGUAAUGGAGACGUGUGGCACAGGUGAGUUAUUUCCUAACUUGGCCAUAGUAGCUCUGGCUCUACUGGAAGAUAAUCAUACCGGCCUGGUCUAUGAAGUGCAUUAACUGCUAGUGAUGGAAAAUGUCAUAAAAGACGCUUGGUAUUUUUAUUAUUGCUUAGUGAAAUAUUUUAUUCAACUCUAAUUUGCUGCUUUGAAGCUGGGAUUUCUAAACACUCCCAGCAGGAGGGAUAUUUUUAUUUUGCAGGGGAGAAAUCAGGACAUAGAAUGGUAGGGCUCGGUACUGGAAGUAAGCCGAAGGCAGAAUCCAUUCCUAAUGGCUCCUGAUUUUAUUUAUCCAAUUAUACAAUUACUAUUUCCAAUCUCAUCUCAAAAUCUAUCCAGUAGAGCCCCAUGAACAACCCAAGGAGUAACUUUUUUGGUCCCCCAGAUUUACAAGUACAAGGAAUGUCAUGUCCUGGACAAAACCCCAGCCUGGAUAACUGAAUUUUGGGGGCAACAUUUUCCCUCUGGUUUUUGCUUUCUGUGCUGAUCUCUUGCGUGUUUUUACUGCCGCCAUCACUGUCUGAAGUUUGUUUAUAUUACAAUAAUUUUAUACAUGGAGGCAAGAGUUUUAACUCAUGGUCACUUCUAGUUACACCUACAUGUGUGGUGAUCUAGGCAUGCUUUGGGAUGCCUGAGCACAAAAAUGCGUGUUGGAAUGUUUCAGCUCUGUCCAUCACACUGACUACUGAUGUAAUGGGCUGGAGGGCUCUUUGAUGUUGAUGGGAACUGUACUUCCUUGGUCAAGGCUAAAUUCAUCUUCCAUCUACCAAUGGUGAGUAUAACUCCGCUGUUGUUAGGGAAGGUAGCAGGCUUGUUGUUUAGGGUACUCGCUGAAUGUAUGGCUGAUGAGAAGAGCUUGCCUUGUGCUAUUUCUUCUUUAUGAACCCACGGUAAAUCCUGGCAGAUUCUGCACUGAUACAUUUUACUUUUUUUCUCAUUUAUCUUUGGUUUCUCUGCUCCAGCCACUCACACAUGUUCAAUAUAUGGCUGCGUAAGACAUGCAUUUUCUUUCCAAUUCAUGUAUAGUAAUUACUUCCUAACAUCUGCCUAACAGAUUCUGUAAGAAAAGUAACUUUGUAAAUAUUAAAAAAGAAAUAAUGUAUGAAAUCUUUGAAAUCCCUGUUACCGGGUUUGUUAUCCACAGCUGACUGGAUCCAUUCCCAGCCAGGAAGCUGGUUCAGCAAAACAGCUGCAUUAGUUAGUUAAUGGGAGGCCGGAUUCUCACCCUGCUGUCAAUCAGGAGUAGUACUGGAGAAAGUAAAGAAUAUCCAUCAAGUGAAGCACAUAUCAGAGGAAAACUCUCUCGGUUAUUUGAUUUUUGCAAUAUCUGCUACAAUUUACUUUAUAGCUCCUAGCAAGGGAAAAUAUGCUCACCAGUUUCCCUCCUUGGCUGAACUGAAGCAUAUGAUAAUUACCCAGAAGCAUGCCUUGGGAAAGGAGAUGACAAAUGAGGAGUAUUGCAGUAAAAAAGAGGACAGAGCAUCUGUAAGCACCUGAAAUAUUUCAUACAUGAGAUGAUGAUAACAUUAUUACAGUCCAAGAGAGCAAAGGAUUGUUAGCAAACUUUAGAGAAGGGCAUCUGCAAUUCUCAAGGCCUUUAGCAACCUUCCAAUUAGAUCUUAUUAUAAAUUAGCAGCAUGUCCUUGUAAGAACAUCUGAAGUUACUGAAUCUGAAUGUUCACCCUCUCAGCCCUCACCUAGCCCCAGCACAAGAUAUCUGCUUUAUGUUGGCUACAGUCUUUGGUACUCUUAUAUCAAAGCUGUCUGUGGUUUUGUUUCUGCCUUAGAGUCAGUAGCAUCUGCAGUUGCUAUGAGCUUCCUGAGCGGCUCAUCAGUCUCCACUUCUGUACCUUGUCUCAAAUCUCUUAGGCAAGACCUUCUGCAACAAACCAGAAUUUCAGAACUUCGGUGAGGCUGGAAAGACGUCCUGCUGCUUCAAAAUCUGUCAGUGUGAAUGACUCAUUCAGUGCUACACCCCUUGGCCACUUGGAUCAAUAAGAUGAUCAAAUAUAUUUUUAAUGAUCAAUCCGAGGUAUUUAUUUUUUCAUACUAGACAAUGCCCAACUGUAUUGUAAGAGCUGCUGGGAGAGAGCCAGAGAAUUUGACAGUGAGAUAUGGAACAUUUGGGCUUUCAACACUUAAGAACAUAUGGAAAGAUGUUUGGAAGAGUGCCACAUGGGGUGUGACUUGGAAGAUGCUACAUUUCUUCAUCCUUUUUUUUUUUUUAAUUGAACAGAAGUAGAAGAAAAUUCACUUUUUUGAAGGAUCCUAGUGACCUCAAGUUGCACCAGGGGAGGCUCAGGUUGGAUAUUAGGAAAACUUUCUUCUCCAGAAGAGUGGUAAUGCAUUGGAGCAUGCUGCCUAGGGAGUGGUGGAGUUACUGUCCUUGGAGGUGUUAAGAAAUGUGGAGAUGGGGCACCGAGGGACGUGCUUAAUAGACAAUAUUGGUGGUAGGUGGACAAUUGGACUAGAUAAUCUUAGAGAUCUUUUCCAACCUCGAUGAUUCUAUGACUCUAACUCCUGUUCAUUUUCUAUGAUGUAGUGCUGCUCUAGAACAAACCACUAAAUUCAGUAGCAAGGUUUGAACAAAAUAAGCUCCAUGUUUAGGGGCAACUGCAAGCAAGUAAUUAAACAGGUGGCAAUGCUUCAGAUCUUUCCAGGCCUUUACCUCCUAAUUAAUGAGCUCCCUCACAGCUGAACUCAAAAAGCUACAGCUCGUGAGUCAAACUAUGGGAUGAAAGAGGAUAUAUGGUACCUGGCUAGAUAGUCUUCCCUUUACUUCAAGAUGGAUGGAAGCCAGUAAGCAAGCAAGCAAGAAAGGAUAGAAACAUUCCGGAUGAAGACCUUGAAUUCCAAGGAGAUCUAAAAAGAGAGAGUUUGGAGAUUAACCAUGGAUCAUAGGACUGAGGAGAAAAGAAAGCAGCACCAUAGCUUGACUUUACUGGAACAAGUAAAAAGAAUGAAAGAAUCAUCAGAGAUAGUUGAUGUUGUGCUAGUUGCUGAAGGUGAGAAAUUCCCCUGCCAUAAGGUGGUACUAGCUGCCUUCAGUUCUUACUUCAAAGCCAUGUUUACCUGUGGCUUGGCUGAAUGCACCCAAAAAGAAGUGGUACUGUAUGACAUCUCUGCAGAGAGUGUGUCUGUAAUACUCAAUUACAUGUACAGUGCAGAUUUGCAUCUCACUAACCAGAAUGUGCAAACUGUUGCACUGGCUUCGUAUUUCAUGCAGAUGGAAGACGUUUUCAGCAUGUGCCAGAAGUAUAUGAUGGACCACAUGGAUGCUUCCAAUUGUGUGGGCAUCUACUACUUUGCAAACCACAUUGGGGCAGAAGAUUUAUGUGAUCAAGCAAAGAGAUACUUAUAUCAGCACUUCGCUGAGGUGAGCUUACAGGAAGAAAUAUUAGAGAUUGAAGUCCAGCAACUGUUGACGCUUAUAAAAUCAGAUGAUCUGAAUGUUUCCAGGGAGGAAAGCAUUCUGGACCUUGUCAUUAGAUGGGUGAACCACAGCAGAAAGUCACGUGCAGAACAUCUUAUUGAGCUCCUGAAGCAAGUGAGACUGGUACUGGUCAGCCCUUCUUUUCUCGUGGAAGCCCGCAAAAGAAACACAAUGAUCCUGUGCAAUUCAGAAUGCAAUGAUAUGUUUGAGGAAGCAUUGAAAAGCAUCAAGCUAGCCACCCACCCUUCUCUCAGCUUGCGAUAUGGCAUGGAGACUACUGAUCUCUUACUCUGCAUCGGCAACAAUUCCCUUGGCAUUAGGUCAAGACAUGGGAGCUAUGCAGAUGCCAGUUUUUGCUACGCUCCUGCAACACAAAAGACUUACUUCAUUUCCUCUCCAAAGUAUGGAGAGGGUUUAGGAAGUGUUUGCAGUGGUGUUGUCACUGAGAAUAACGAUAUUAUUGUGGCAGGAGAGGCAAGCGCUGCCAAAAUGUCUAGACAAAAAAACAGGAACAUUGAAAUUUAUAGAUACCACCAGCGAGGAAAUCAGUUUUGGCACAGCCUGUGCACCGCUCAGUUCCGUGAACUCUAUGCACUGGGCACCGUCCAUAAUGAUCUCUAUGUGAUCGGAGGGCAAAUGAAAAUCAAAAAUCAAUAUGUGGUCACAAACUGCACGGAGAAGUACUCCAUAGAGCAAGGUACUUGGAGAAGCACAGCACCUCUGCCAGUGCCGUUAGCCUGCCAUGCAGUGGUGACAAUGAAGAACAAGCUCUACGUGCUGGGUGGCUGGACACCACAGAUGGAUCUGCCUGACGAUGAGCCGGAUCGAUUAAGUAACAGAAUGUUUCAGUACGACCCGGGCCGAGACAAAUGGACAGAGCGUGCACCAAUGAAGUACUCCAAAUACCGCUUCAGCACAGCCGUGGUCAACAGUGAGAUUUAUGUCUUGGGAGGAAUUGGGUGCCUUGGCCGCGACAGGGGGCAGACACGGAAAUGCCUUGAUGCAGUGGAGAUUUAUAACCCUGAUGGAGACUUUUGGAGGGACGGACCUCCUAUGCCUUCCCCCCUCCUCUCCUUGCGAACGAACUCUACCUGCGCAGGCUGCGUGGAAGGGAAGCUGUACCUCUGCGGAGGAUUUCAUGGAGCAGCUCGUCACGAAGUCAUCACCAAAGAGAUCCUCGAGUUGGAUACAUGGGAGAACCAGUGGAAUGUGGUGGCCAUCAAUGUCCUCAUGCAUGACAGCUAUGAUGUUUGCCUUGUUGCUAGGCUGAACCCACGAGAUCUUAUUCCUCCUCCUCCUGAUUUAGUGGACCAAUAGAUGUUCAGUGGCUCUUCGCUUCCAGAUUCUGCAGAAAGAAGAACUUGGAGAGACAAAUGCUGUAUUGGCUCUGGAUGGAGCCAAUGGCUCCAUUCUCUCCACUGGCUAGGUGCCAUGGAGAGAAGCCUGCACCACAAGCUUAAGGACAGAAUUGCCUUCAAAAUGUGCUUCUCAGAUGAUGCUUAAUUUGCUAGCACUGGUACUCUGGAUUUCUGUGAUUGAAAGCUGAAUUUGCCAGCCUUGUCUUUUGGUCUGCCACUUGGCUGUGUAAGCUGCAGUCUAGUGGUACAGCCUAGGUGUGCAUCUGGGGCCUAUGCCUUAGGCAUAGAGGCAGCCUGAGGCUCACCUUGCAGUAGAGCACCACGUUUGAAGGAAAGCUCCAGCCAGGAGAAACCCUCCUUUACUGGUCAACCCACUGAGUUCUUCUAGUCUACCGAGGGAGCUAAGAAAUAUCUGAAGUCAGCUGGUGCAAACCAGUCUGGCUGUACCAAAGCGACAGACUAAUUGGCUGUUGCAGGAGCAGAGGGAAGAUGGAGAAGAGCAUUUGUUUGUUUAAACAAAAGGAAAGCAUUAGCCAAGGUUCAUUAGCCAAGUACACUAGCUACUGCAAACAUUAUCUAACCCACUGUCAGGGCAUCCCUUCUUUGGCAGCAGAGCUGAGGCUGUGCUGGUAGAAAUCUGCUCUUCUGGCAACAAGUCACAAAUUAGUCUUCCUUUGGUAAUCCUGCACCAAAGAUGAGAAGAAGCUUAAAUUUUCACGUAGAUCCUACCUGUCAUGAGGCAGAAACUUGUGUGGUCAGAUGGAGAAGGGGAGGUAAAGUAAAAUAAAAUAAAUGAGAAAUAGUGUUAGCUGUAUAUCAGCUCUGCAUCUCAGAGAAAGGAUAAAAACACCAGGCAUUUAGAGUUUAUGUAAAGUAGCUGGUUUUAUAUAAGUAGCUUUAAUGAAAUAACAUAGGGCAAAUUCUGUACCAAUGGAAUUGGCUAUAAUUACUGUGAAGAGGAAUAAUUCAAACAGUGUUUCUUAAAGCAGUUCUAGCCUUUCUAGGGCUUGAAUGCAGUGGGUUAGAAAGACGGUGAAUUGUUACCAGUAGAGCUGUCUUAACUGAGCUACCAAUAACUAUUCAUCAUCCCCUGGUGCCUACAUCACAGAAUGCAUGUGAGUGAUUGCCUGGGCAGUGUGGACAGGAGAAUUGGAAACUUCAGUUGUGUUCUUGGGCUGAAACUGCAAAUGACAGACAGUGAAUGUCAGAGGCAAACAUUGUAAGAGUAAGCUGUAACAUAGCAGAAUAACUCACAGUCAGCAAGAAGUUGUUUUUUAUGGUUACAAAAGCAGUAACAAAACUGGAAGGAAAUAAUUGGCAAAGAAAUGAGGGAAUCCAUCAGGUAGGUCAUCUGUAGUCACUUGCAGGAUUUGCACUUCAGAGCACCUCCAUUUUCUUUUACAAUCACGUAUUAGGCUACAAAAAUGAUAGCGUUUUUUUUUACUUGCAAUGUUUAUUGCAGAUGGAGAUGGAGAGGAUGACCCAAAAGCCCUUCCCCAGUCCUGACUUUUCUGAUUCAUGAUCUAUUCUUUAAAAUAUCCGAUGAGAAUAUUAAUCUGUCAUAUGAAAACAAUUAGCAGGAAGGUCACUGAAGUUUACCUGAUAACUGUUAUCACGUGCUGAGGACUGCUCAGACAGUAAGGGAGUUGGUGGGAGGAACUGAGGAAAACAUGCAGAAGAGGAGUGAACUAUGAGCCAAAAAACUGAUCUCUUCUCUCCCUUUGUUUCCUGGGCAGAAUGAAUGUCACAGCCUAAAUGCAGACACUUGUGUUUGGAGCAGUUCCAUGUCAGCCAGUCAUUUUGUUUUCUUUGUGGAUGUGUGGGUUGUUAUCUGUCCAGAGGAGAGUUGUAACAAAUGAGUCUCAGCCACUCUGGUCACAAAACACUAUUAUAGAUAUAAGACUGAAGAAGUGAAAAAAUAUCUAUUUAAAUAUGUUUUUAAACAAAAGCAAUAGAUUGUUUUCCAACUAAUCAUGCAAUAUUGGAAACUUUUAAAACUUAUUCCUGUGAAGUAUAGGCAAUAAUUUCUCUGCAGAGCUCUCAAGCCAGCAGGGAGCAAUGCUUGAAGAGCAGCUCUCAGCCAGACUGCGGAGUGUUUCCUUGUGAGUACUCCAAAUUCUCCAGCAGUACCUACUGAUAUUCUGUCACCUUUUUGGUUUUCUUCAUGCACCACUGAAAAGCCACUUGCCCUUGUGUGCAUGGAGCAUUGCUUUUCUUCUGCCUGCCUGGCCUGGCUGUUUACAGGACUCCACCACAGACCACCACUGUAUAUCUAGCAGGGAGUUGUUUUCUUCUUGUUUGAAUAUCUAGAACAGAAGAACAGUCAGACCAAUUUAGAUUCCAACUUCUUAACGUUGUGUGGACCCCACUUAGUUCAUUGUUCGCCCCUGGGGCGACUACAAUUUCUAAGCUAAUAGUUGGAAAGGAAAGCUUGAGGGAAGGAAGGAAGAAGCAGAAAGCAUGUUUAUUGAGACGUACCAACGUGAGCCAAAAUCCUUCCAAGAGUACGUGAAUGUUGCGUGUCUGAUACAUUCAUGGAUAAUCUCACAUUCCUCGGAAAGCCGUUAAGAGCCUUAAUUUCUUCUAUUACGAAUCCUAAUGUAAGAAUAUUACAGAAUAUGCACUCUCCAAGCUUGUGUGCUUCACUGAAAUAAUAGUUUACUUCAGACACUUUCUGGCUGAGCAGCAGUUAGUUCAGCCUUUAAUCAAGGCUGCCUUGACAUCAUCCAUAAUUCUAAAAUGUGAACAAAGCAGUGCUGGCAAGCCAUGUGCUGUGUGAAUGAAUGGGGGGAUUAUUAAGCAAAGACACGCGCUUCAGUUUCACUUGAAACACUGAAGUACAUCACUAGUUGCCAACUAUGAAUAAAAAAAUGUUGGAGAGGUUACUGGUCACGUGGUGCAUUAGGAGUGAAGAAAAAAAUGAAAUGCUAUGAAAAGCUAAUUGAGGCUCUCCAUUUUUAUCCCUGUUAGUGUUUUAUUUUGAAAUUCUCUGUGCACAGCUGAUUUCAUAAGGAUUCCUGUGGGUCUCUAAUCUCUGUUUGCAUCCAUGAGGUCACAGGAGCUGCCUCCACGUGAACCCUCAAGCAUCUGACUGCAUUCUCACAUGCCACUACCGUGAUGGCUUGUGGCUCAGUCGCUGCCCGUGCAAGGCAAACACACGCACAAUUUCCUUGUGUGCAACACUGAAAUGUAUGGAGAAGGUUCUGGAUUGUGUUCCAGCUGUAUUUUGCCAUUCAGGAUGUCUCAGCUUGUCAGCAGAAAAUUGCCUCAAUGCAUACAGAGCUGUUGGAUACAGCGCUCCCAGGUAUGUUCCAGGCAAAACACUGAGGGAGAUUAAAACUGAGCCCCCAGCAACAAAACUUAGAGCUGCUCCCUGAAUGUUAUGCACAGAGAAGCCAAGGUGGGUGCAAUGAUGCUCCCACUGCUUCCCAGGGAGAAUUCAAGAUGUAAAAGGAUUCUGCCCUGGAUCUUAAUCUUACAUUUUUCCUCUACUCAAAGUGUGUAUUGAGAUUCCUGAUCACCUGAAAAGCAAUGAAAGCAAAUGCUACAAUAAUAUAUAUGUAUGUAUAUAAAAUUGUAAAGUAUAUUUAUGCAGGUCUGCAUUGUUUUUCUGCUGAUCUGGAAGUCGAUGACAUUAUUUUAACGUGGAUUUACCAAGAGAUUACUAGCUUAGCUGUAGCAAUGAGGUCUCUUUCAUAGGCUGCUCUCCUAAUGGAUUAUGGAGCUCCUCUGAAAAUUUGUUUCAUGAAUCAUAAUGCUUUGAAUCCCCAGGUCAGAAUUUCAGCUGCUCUUUGUGCAUUUCUGUGGCUCUCCCUACAGCUUUUCAAGUGGACUGUAGCUGUGGCUUCAAAGAAAAGCUAUUUCACCCCCAGUUGUGCUCAGCUGGAACUAGUACGUUUGCAAUUUACAAUCAUUUGACAUAUUGAGGUUGAAAGCAAAGGAAAUAUUGGAAAAUGGAGAAAAUAUACAUUGAGCCUAUACAGAAGUACACUUCCUUCUUUUCCAUGUGCUGACUGCCCUGCCUGGGUGUCUGAUGGAAAGAUUUAAUAACGACCCCUGACUGCAGCCAUGGCAAAGGCCACGCUGGGUUAUGUGUUUGUGCUGCUGGAGCAGAGAGUCGGCACUGUGCUGAGCUGUGCUGCCUUGCCAGAAGAAAUUACCUUCAAACAAAAAUGUGUUUAAGUGUUCCAGGAUGUAUACUUGUAUGCGUUUUCUAUACAUAUGUAUAACAUUAUUUUUGGAAGUUCUUUACUGACAGCAGCAGAAUCCCUUUUUAACACUUACCUGGCAACCUGUCUUCUGCAUAGCUCAUCAAAAUACUUAAAAUAAAGUUCUGUUCUUUAAAUAUAUGGAACUAUUCCCAGCCUCAAAUCAAAAAAAGAAGCUUAAAUUCCUUGCUGAGCUAAGGAACGGUUGGGGAAAUCUUUUAGUCCUGGCCAAUGUCUUCUUCCUUCCCCAAAUCUUUUGCUGGCUGUAGUCCAUUCAGAAUCCUCCUGAACGUUUUGUGCAGGUCUGUUCUGUUUCCC